CUUGUGUUCUUUUUCUUCCCCCUCUCAAAAAACGACUCCUUUAAAGAGCCGGACUGCAAUAGUGCAAAACUGUCUAAACUAACAGCCUGAACACACCUCCAGGUCUUUCUCUCUGCUGUUAUGGAUCCAAAAAUACCAACGUCCAUUGUACGACUUUUCCAAACGAACUGUGUCCCCUCUCCAAUGGAUACACAGCGUAUUAGCCAUCUCCUUGCAGAACAAAACCUUGAGCUUGAGCUUAUUAAGGAGGAAUUGGAUCGCGCCCGCGCAGAGGUUUUACGCCUCGAGGCUAAACAUAAUGCGACCAUGGAAAUGGUCCAAAAAUUGGAGGCGCUGAGGUCCCCCGUUCGCCGCAUGCCAAUAGAGAUCAUGACACAAAUCUUCGAACAAUGCGUUCAGGAUGAAGAAAGUCAGGAGCCUGAUCCUCUUCGAGCUCCCUUGUUAUUGUGUCAAGUUUGCGGCGCUUGGAGAGACCUCAUGUUCUCUCUUCCUUGUUUGUGGAAGACACUCAAGGUUGGGUUUCCAUCCGCAACGCCAAAUUGGGAGAAUGUCAUGCAGUCAAGAAUCAUGUCUAUGCACGUGUGGAUAUCGCGCGCAAAAGCUCUUCCAAUUUCCCUAACCCUCCAGCAUGCAAGUAGCUCUCCAAUCACGUGGGGUGCUCUUAUGUCACUUGACAAGGAGAUCCUGACUCUGGGAUGCCGCAUUGAAGAGCUUUGCCUUAGAUUUUCUCCGUUGGCACUCAGCUUUUUGUUGACAUUCACUCAAAGUCCACUCCCUCAUCUACGCCGUCUUGAGCUUCAUAACAGCAAUCCCUUUCCUAGCAAUGACAACCCAGCUCCAUUGUUUCUUCAUGAUGCACCCAACCUCCGCAGCCUCUCAAUUGCAUGGGGUAGUCUCGACACCGCUCAGUUCUGCGUCCCUUGGAGCCAACUGACAGAGUUGUCUCUUCAGUAUGACGCCAGCCCCUACUGGAAUCCCGUUCACAACGACUACCUCAUUACGCUUCGUGAAUGUCCUAAUCUCAAAUGUUGCUCUAUCGGAAUAGGAAUGACAACACUCGACGCUGAUACAGAUAUGGCUGUCACACUUCCCAACCUGGAAUCAAUGAAAGUACGCCUCUUCUGCCAAACGCUCUACACCCGCCAGUUCUUCGAUGCGCUCCACGCGCCGAAGCUGCGCACAUUUGAAUUUCAGAACGUCAGUCUUGCUAUGGGUUCGUUCGCCAGCCAAAUGGAACCCCUGCCCUUCAUCUCUCGAAGCGCAGAGACUCUCGAGAACCUAUCCUUUGACACGAUUAAUAUAUCGGAUGUUGACAUGCUCUCGUGCCUCUCCCAGCUUCAUCGCUUGAAACACCUACGUUUCCUGCCUGGCCCUCUUCAACUCAAUCACAACCUCGUGGACAGCCUCAUUUUAUCUGGAGCUUCUCAAGGCACCUCUGUCUGUCCUCGACUCGAAUCAUUGAGUCUCAAAUGCUCAAAACGUGUUUCCACCGACAAGGUUACGGAGCUUGUAGAGUCGAGGUGCAACGCUAGUCCGAAAUUGGGACAAUUUUGCUUGCAGAUCGCAGCAUUUGACCAUGGACAGGAUUCGCGGGACAAAACAAUUGUCGAGUUGAAGGAACGUCUGAAUCGGUGUGUGGAAGGGGGAUUGCAGCUCCACCUGAUGAAGGCAAAGCCGACGGGUUGAUGUUAACCCCUUAACCAUUAAUUGUGCGUUCCACGCCCUUUUACUGACAUGUCGAGCAUUCACUUGCUUUCUUUCACAAUUACGGUCACAAUUACAUAUCCUGUAUCCCUGAUAAUUAUUUCUUG